GACUCCCUUGGUCAGCAGGGACGAAACUAAGGUCCCAGGGCGGAUCUCCUUUUCUUGGGGACGGCUUCUGGGUCCCAAGGCGUCUCCCCCCGCGGAGGCCCUGAGCUGGCAGCUCUGGCGGUGGCUGCUGGGGCCUACUGCGCGGCGGUCUCAUGCAGCUCCUAUGAGGCCCCUGUCGCCGGUCGGCGAUGUCCGGCUGGAGCUGUCGCCGCCGCCGCCGCUGCCGCUGCCGCUGCCGCUGCCGGCUGUGAGCGGGUCUCCGGUCGGGUCGUCCGGGCGUCUCAUGGCCGCUAGCAGCUCUCUGGUGCCCGACCGGCUGCGCCUGCCGCUCUGCUUCCUCGGCGUCUUUGUCUGCUAUUUCUACUAUGGGAUCCUGCAGGAAAAGAUAACAAGAGGAAAGUAUGGGGAGGGAGCCAAGCAGGAAACAUUCACUUUUGCCUUAACUUUGGUCUUCAUCCAGUGUGUGAUCAAUGCUGUGUUUGCCAAGAUCUUGAUCCAGUUUUUUGACACUGCCAGGGUGGAUCGUACUCGGAGCUGGCUCUAUGCUGCCUGUUCUGUCUCCUAUCUGGGUGCCAUGGUCUCUAGCAACUCAGCACUACAGUUUGUCAACUAUCCAACUCAGGUCCUUGGUAAAUCCUGCAAGCCAAUCCCAGUCAUGCUCCUUGGAGUUACCCUCUUGAAGAAGAAGUACCCAAUGGCCAAGUACCUGUGUGUGUUGCUAAUUGUGGCUGGAGUGGCCCUUUUCAUGUACAAACCCAAGAAAGUAGUUGGGAUGGAAGAACACACAGUUGGCUACGGAGAGCUGCUUCUGUUAUUAUCUCUGACCCUGGAUGGACUGACAGGUGUUUCCCAGGACCACAUGCGGGCUCAUUACCAAACAGGCUCCAACCACAUGAUGUUGAAUAUCAACCUUUGGUCGACAUUAUUGCUGGGAGCUGGAAUCCUGUUCACUGGGGAGCUCUGGGAGUUCUUGAGCUUUGCCGAAAGGUACCCCAACAUCAUCUAUAACAUUCUGCUCUUUGGUCUGACCAGUGCCCUGGGUCAGAGCUUCAUCUUCAUGACAGUUGUGUAUUUUGGCCCCCUGACUUGCUCCAUCAUCACCACAACUCGAAAGUUCUUCACUAUUUUGGCCUCUGUGAUCCUCUUCGCCAAUCCCAUCAGCCCCUUGCAGUGGGUGGGCACCGUGCUUGUGUUCUUGGGUCUCGGUCUCGAUGCCAAGUUUGGGAAAGGAGCCAAGAAGACAUCCCACUAGGAAGAGAGAGACUACCUCCACUUCGAGAAUAUUUAAGUUAUUGUCUCAAAUAUGGACAUCUCUUGGGCAAAUGGACACAAUAGGGAUAAAGGACUGGGUUCCAGUCUGUUUUUUUUUGUUGUUGUUUUUUAAGAAAAGGAAACAAAAAUCACAUAUUCUUAAAAAAGUGCUUGGAUUUUAACAAGA